CAACCGCCAUGAGCUCGAGAGGAUAUAAAGCCCUCGUGCUCCUCCGACUCAUCCCAUUAGCAUCAUACUCAUCCCCAUCAUCACCAGCUUCUUCACCAGCCGAUUGACUCGGUCUGCCUAGUUUCUCUUCUUUAAUCUCCUGUCUUACCAUCCUAUCUUCACGUUAAACCUUUCUUUUCAAGACUACUUGGUUGAUCCAAUUUAAUCUUCAAGAUGUACACAAAGUCUAUUCUCGUUCUUGCUCUUUCUGCUGCGGGCUUGAUCAGCGCCCACGGCAAUGUUCAGGUCGUCACUGGCGACCAAGGUGGCAAUGGCACAGCCCUUGGAAUCAAGGGUGGUGUCAUCCCGAGGUUCGGAAAGAACGCCGCGACUGAAGCGGACACGACAGUAUUUGGCGGCAAGGCGAACCAGCCUAUGACCGACGGUCUUGGCAAGACCACGGCCAACGGCAAGCUGCAGGUCGCCGACCUGGCAGCUGCGAUGGCCCUCUCAGGCAACACUCUGCCCCAGGUCUCUGCUGAUGGCGCUGGCACCAUCACCGGCACUUGGCGCACUGUCACCAGUGACGGCACCGCGAAUGACAAGCAGGGAAACCUGUUUGCUGUCCUCGACACCACCGGCACUGGCAAGUACUCUGCGGGUACACAGCUCGUUGCCACUUCGAGCAUGGUUGGAAACGGAAAGGGAAAUGUGGUCCAGAGGGCCGUGGACUUCGUUCUCCGGUCCGUCGGCAUCCAGAGGCGCGCCACCAACGUUGGCGCCGACGCUGCCUUCACUGUCAAGAUCCCAGCGGGGACCACCUGCACAGGAAAGGAUGCUGCCAGCGGACAGAGCAACUUCUGCCUCUUGAAGGUCGUGAACAACAACAAUGCCGGUCCUUUCGGCGGUAACAUCGCAUUCCAAAUGGCCGGUGCAGCCGGCGCUGCUCCUGCAGGCGACGCCGCAACCCCGGCCGCCGCCAAGACCAAGGGCAAGGGCAAGAACGCCAAGCGCUUCCAGGCAUAAAUAUAACUUAUCUGAUUGAGAAGGCUCAGUGAGGGUUAUCGACCCUACAAGAUGGGGAUGAUGCGGCUUUGGUAUGGAUGGGGAGCGGUGUGAAGUCCCUCGAUGGAGGGACUUCAAUCUGUUUCAAGGAAUGGGAUUGAACUCUUAUAGCAUAAUCCACAAGCAUAUAAACCGGCUUCGCGCAUUAUCAGCACAACUAACUUGGCUAUCUUCUCGAAUUGAAAAGA